AGUUUCCAAACAGUCCACUAGAUGGAGACCACGUUCCAACCUGUUUUGAUUCCGCCAUUGAUUUGAUUGCGCCGAAGAAUGACGGAGCCAAUCAUAUGAUGUUUGGCCAGCAUCCCAAAUUCUGAAUAUGCAAAGCACAAAAGAAAAACCAACAACACCGCUCUCUUGAACCCAGCUCACAGUGGGAAGAUUCACCGUAUCGAAAGUGUGAGGUUGCCAUGGAAACUGAGGGUAAGGUGAUCAAGUGCAAAGCAGCAGUGGCCUGGGAACCAGGAAAAGCACUCUCCAUUGAGGAAGUGGAGGUUGCCCCUCCCAAAGCGCAUGAAGUACGAAUUAAGAUAGCAGCAUCUGGGGUGUGCCACUCAGAUUGGGCCUACCUCUAUGAUGUUGCUAAAAUGAAGCCACGCCCUUUUCCUUUAAUCCUGGGACAUGAAGGAGCUGGAACUGUGGAAAGUGUUGGUCCAGGAGUUACAAAGGUGUCUAAAGGAGAUAAAGUCAUUCCUCUGUUCCUGCCACAGUGUGGACAAUGUGAACGCUGCCUGAGUCCAAAGACAAACCUCUGCACCAAAAACUGGGAGAAAACUCAGCAGUGUGUUCUUGCAGACGGCACUAGCAGGAUCACCUGUAAGAAUCAGCAGGUUCAUCAGUUUAUUGGUAUCAGCACCUUCUCUGAAUAUACUGUUGUGCCAGAGGACAACGUCACCAAGAUUCACCCAGGCGCUCCUCUGGACAGAGUCUGUCUGCUGGGCUGUGGAGUAUCUACAGGGUAUGGGGCAGCAGUGAACACAGGCAAGGUAGACUCUGGCUCUACAUGUGCGGUGUUUGGUUUGGGAGCUGUCGGACUGGCAGCUGUCAUGGGAUGCAGGGCUGCCGGUGCCACCAGGAUCAUCGCCGUUGACAUCAACCCAGACAAGUUUGAGAUCGCCAAGACAUUUGGAGCCACUGAGUUUGUAAACCCAAAAGACCACAAUAAACCCAUUCAGGAGGUGCUGAGGGAGCUGACUAAUGGUGGUGUUGACUUCGCUCUUGAGUGUGUGGGGAAUGUGGGUGUCAUGAGAGCUGCUGUGGAAGCGUGCAGUCCUGCAGGGGGAGUCUGUGUGAUUGUGGGAUGGGUUGAGGUGGAGGAGCUUUCUCUGGCCCCCCUGGAUAUCCUACUAGGAAGAACUCUGAAAGGCACUUAUUUUGGAGGUUGGAAGAGUGUUGAGGCGGUGCCCAGACUGGUUCAAGAUUAUAUGAGUGGGAAGCUUCUGCUGGAUGAGUUUGUGACACACAGACUGACUCUAGAUCAGGUUAACCAGGCCUUUGAUCUCUUGAUCACUGGAAAAAGUAUUCGGACAGUGAUUGAGAUGUGAAAUGCAGGUGAUUCCCAAUUUCCUUCAAACAGAACACAUAAUUUCAAGGCUGAAUCAAUGUCAUAAGUGUAAGUGACAAGUUUAAGAAAUCAGUUUUGCUGUUAUCUUGACAGUUAACUGCCAUCAUAAGCUUGGCAAACUAGUAUAAAAGACUGUUCUGCAAUAUAUACAAAGGAAAAGAGAGAUAGGGCAAUGUUUAGACAGUGAUUAUCUCCUGUAUCUGCUAAUCCAAAGGUCCCUUUUCACUUAUGCAGUAGCUAUAGCUCAGGCACAAUAAUAUAAAUGUAUAAGUAUAGGAAAGGGGAAGUCCGAUUUACUGAAUAGAGCAUUGAUUGUUCUUUGUUUAUAUUCUCAAGGAGAAUACAAGGAAUGUGUCUGUUAUGAUCAGAAACUGUUCCACUCAAUAAAGCCAAGUCUGUUGAAUUUGA